CUUGCAGUACCGAUAAAAUCCGCUGUUUGAUACCUGUGCGAUUUGUCUGAGGGUGAGAUGCCGGUAUCCUACAAUUAAAUUGGCUACAGUGCUUUUGAUACGCGAGGUAUCUGUGCGGAGAGCAGUUGAUCGUAUUUGCUGUGGAUUCUAGUGGAGAUGAAAAUCGUCGGCUUGCAGCUAGAAGCUGAGGUAUAACUCCAGCCGCAAGUCCGCAGGGCUUAUAAACUACCAUGACUGCCCCUCAUGGAAGCUAACAACACUUAUACCCCAUACUCUUCUCUUACUUCGAAACAUCCCUCUGCUGGCCAAGAGGACGUGUACACUUUAUUUCCAGCUCAUUCGAUUCAGAUUCGAUUAUGGAGGUCUUCAGCAGAGUCCUCGAAGCGUUAGACAAGGCUUCAAAGGAUAGAUCCGAACCCGAGUCGAAUCAAAUUGUGACCUUGGCUUUGUCAAUUCAUAAUUUAGGCGAGGCGGUCCCCGAGAUGAGAGGGAUAGUCGUUAAAUCAUGCGAGACAGCGUAUCUUGCACUCUCAAUGCAACCCGACCGACGUGAAGAACUGCAAAGGAGGUUGAGCGAUAUUGAAACGUUUUUGUCGAACGCGCAAUCCCGAGGUAGCCGCGUUUCUAAAUUAUUUGGACGUUGGCUCGAUGGCCGCCAACUGAAGAAACACACGAAAUUCCUUCACAAUUUCAUUGUCCAGGACCUGGCUAGACAGUAUCCUCGGAAUGGAGUCCCCCAACCAUCGCUGAGAAGUUUAUCCGACUGGACAUCUGACAUUGACAAUCAAACCCUUGAUUCUACGACGCACGAGGCUUCACCUUUCCAUUCAAGCUCGGAAUCUGCCUCACUCGAUUCCUAUGAUCGAUGUCCGUCACCGAUACCCAUUAUCCUUGUGACACCACCAUUGGACUCAGACUCCGACUCCGACACGUCAAUUAGGAGGGACAACAAGGGCCGGCUACCCUUGACGGCCCUCCUCAAAGAUUGUUCGAACAAACAGGCCAAGGAAUUGGCGGAUGUGGUCCAGUCGGAAAUUCAAACGGCAGACUCUGUAGGUUAUCGCAGGGAAUGCACAAGACACCUCCGACGUCUUUUUGAAAAAUACCGUGUACUGCCAAGUUCAUUAUUUGUGAACGACGUCGCGAGGCCUGAGGGAAACAACCAUCCCGCCUGCGGAGGAGGAUUUUCGGACAUAUAUAAAGGCAUUAGCGGAGGAAAAGAUGUAUGCCUCAAAGUUCUUCGUCUUUUCCCAUCAGAUGAUUCUGCUAGAAAGGAGAAGACAGUUAACGAACUAUGCAAAGAGGCACUCAUAUGGACCCAGUUUGAUCAUCCUAAUGUCUUGCCCUUCUUAGGCGUGAACAACGAACUAUUUCCUCUUCACGGUUUUUGUAUGGUCUCCCCUUGGAUGGAGAAUGGGGGCAUCAUCUCUUUCCUUCAGAAGAAUACCGGACACGAUAGACUAGUCGUGUGUCGAGAGAUCGCAGCCGGGCUGACCUACCUGCACUCACGCAAAGUUGCACACGGUGAUAUCAAGCCGCCAAACAUUCUCGUCGACGAAGCCGGUCAUUGUCGUCUAGCAGAUUUCGGCUUGGCAACAACGGUCCACGAAGCGAGUUCUUCCUUCAACCCAACGACUGCGACUGGUAGUCAAAAGGGAACACUCCGUUAUAUGGCACCGGAAAUCAUACUCAUGUCGGACGACUCGGCGUCACUAGUACCGAAUGGUCGAACCUCGAAAAUUGAUAAAUUUGCUGCAGAUGUUUACGCAUACGCGUGCACCCUUCUUGAAAUAAUGACAUGCAAACCUCCUUUCCCAACGCUCAACGAUGCCGCUGUAAUGUUACGCGUCGCAACUUUGAACAUUCGACCAGACCGGCCGACAGAAGCUGGGGUUUGGUGCCCGGAUAAUGUCUGGGGAUUGAUUGAGAAGUGUUGGGACAGGAAACCGAAACAGCGGCCGAUGGCGAAAAACAUCUUGAGCUUCCUUGAGCAUAUAGAGGAGCUUCGGUGUUGCGGAGAACCUUGGGAUCAAAUUGAUUACUGGGGUUCAUAAUGGCUCGCCAGAACGGUGUUCAGGAAGAUUGGGG